CUCGUGGCCGCCGUUGCACGUCCUUCCAGGGGCUUGUCUUCUUCCUUCCCACCGGCAGAUGUCAGCUUCGCUCCUCGGCGUGUUGUUCCCGGCUCUCUGACUGCUCGCUCAGUCAGUGCUCGGCUCUACUGGAGGGAUGCUCGCCGACCGACUGGGAAAACGAGGAGCUCCGCGCUAAGCUUUUUUGUUUGUUGUUGUUUUUUUCCUCCUUUGGUGUGUGUGUAUGUUAAGCGAGGAAAGAAUGGCCACCGGGCGGCACUGAAGCAGCGGGAGCGGCGGACCGAGGCGUCCCGUGUAACCUUAUGGAUGUACGUGGAGGCCGCCCGCCCGGAGCUCCUCGACGCGCCGCUGCACUCCUCCCCUCAGAGUCCGGGCCAAGUGUUUUGCAGUGACCGCUACUUGGCUGGGCGAGCUUCGUCCUGAGCAAGCCUCUCAAGAUGAACAUGAUGAAAAGGAUCAUGGGGCGGCCGCGUCAGGAGGAGUGCAGCCCGCAGGACAAUGCCUUGGGCCUGAUGCACCUGCGGCGCCUCUUCUCCGAACUCUGCCACCCUCCCCGUCACAUGACGCAGAAGGAGCAGGAGGAGAAGCUCUACAUGAUGCUGCCCGUCUUCAACAGGGUUUUUGGGAAUGCGGCUCCCAGCAGCAUGACGGAGAAAUUCUCGGACCUGCUGCAGUUCACCACGCAGGUGUCCCGCCUCAUGGUGACCGAGAUCAGGCGUAGGGCCUCCAACAAAUCCACCGAAGCGGCCAGCCGAGCCAUCGUGCAAUUCCUGGAGGUGAACCAGAGCGAGGAGGCCAGUCGCGGCUGGAUGCUCCUCACCACCAUCAACCUAUUGGCCUCCUCGGGACAGAAAACGGUGGACUGCAUGACAACUAUGUCUGUGCCAUCCACGCUGGUCAAAUGUCUCUACCUGUUCUUUGACCUCCCACACAUGGCGGAGGCCCCGGUGGGCCCCGCCGCGCCCCCUCCCACCUCGCCGCCGGCCUCCCAGGACAAGACGUCCGGCCCGGGCCAGCCCCCCGCGGAGCUGCCCCCGGCCGACCGCCGGGCGAUGCUGCAGAAAGUCUUUGUCCAGAUCCUGGUGAAGUUGUGCACGUUUGUGUCCCCGGCGGAGGAGCUGGCCCAGAAGGACGACCUGCACCUGCUGUUCAGUGCCAUCACGUCCUGGUGCCCGCCGCACAACCUGCCCUGGAGGCGGAGCGCCGGAGACGUGCUCACCACCAUCUCGCGACACGGACUCAGCGUCAACGUGGUCAAAUACAUCCACGAGAAGAAAUGCCUGUCCACGUGCGUUCAGAACAUGCAGCAGUCGGACGAUCUUUCACCGCUGGAGAUCGUGGAGAUGUUUGCAGGCCUGUCCUGCUUCCUCAAGGACUCCAGCGACGUGUCGCAGACGCUGCUGGACGACUUCCGCAUGUGCCAGGGCUACAACUUUCUGUGUAACCUCAUGCUCAGGCUGGAGCAGGCCAAGGAGGACGAAUCCAGGGACGCCCUGAAGGACCUGGUCAACCUGGUGACCCGUCUGACCACCUACGGUGUGACGGAGCUCAAACCGGCCGGCCUGACCACGGGGGCGCCCUUCUUGCUGCCGGGAUUCGUCCUCCCUCAGCCGUCAGCCAAAGGGCAGACGGUGCGCAACAUCCAGGCCUUCUCGGUGCUGCAGAACGCCUUCCUGCAGGCCAAGAGCGGGCGGCUGGCCUGCACGCUACUGGAUGCGGUGGGCGCCGUCUACGCCGCCGACCCGGCCAACUACUUCAUCCUGGAGUCGCAGCACACGCUGUCGCAGUUCGCCGAGCGCGUGGCCCGCCUGCCCGAGGAGGCGCAGGUCAAAUAUUUCCAGCUUCUGGACUUUGUGGUCUUCAGCCUCAACUACGUGCCCUGCAAGGAGCUGUUCAGCGUCAGCGUGCUGCUCAAGGCCAGCGCCUCGCACGCCUGCAGCAUGACGGCCGUGCGCGCCCUCCUCAGGAUGGCCCGCCACGACCCCGUCUUUGCCGACGUGCUGCGGGAGGUGGGGCUGUUGGAGGUGCUGGUCAACCUGCUGCACAAAUACGCCGCCCUCCUCAAGGACCCCGCCACCCAGCAGCAGCAGCAGCACAACGACCAGGCCGAGUGUAAGAACAACGCGGCGGCCGAGGAGCAGAAGCAGCUGGCCUGGCUAGUCAUGGAGACGCUCACCGUGCUCCUGCAGGGCUCGCACGCCAUCAACACCAACGCAGCCUUGUUUCGUGAGUUUGGGGGCGCACGCUGCGUGCACAACAUCGUCAAGUACCGGCAGUGCCGCGAGCACGCGCUGCUCAUCAUCCGGCAGCUGGUGCUGUCGCCCAGCGGCGACGACGACAUGGGAACGCUGCUGGGGCUCAUGCACUCUGCGCCGCCUGCCGAACUGCAGCUCAAGACGGACAUACUCCGGGCCUUGCUGUCCGUGCUGCGUGAGAGCCACCGCACGCGGACGGUCUUCCGCAAGGUGGGCGGCUUCGUGUACGUGACGUCGCUGCUGGUGGCCACGGAGCGCUCGCUCUGUCCGGGUCAGCCGCCACGCACGCCCUCCCACGCCGCCCAGAACCAGAACCAAGUCUUUGAGCUGCUGUACACCGUCUUCUGCACGCUCACUGCCGCCAUGCGAUACGAGCCCGCCAACUCGCACUUCUUCCGCACCGAGAUCCAGUACGAGAAGCUGGCCGACGCCGUCAGGCUGCUGGGCUGUUUCUCGGACACCAAGAAGCUGGGCCCCACCGCCGUCUUCCCGUCCAACUCGGAGCCCUUCCAGAGGCUUCUGGAGGAUGAGGCCGCCCCCGGCGGAGACGGUGUGUGUCCCACCCUCAGACACUGCGCCAAGCUCUUCAUCUACUUAUACAAAAUGGCCACCGACUCCUUUGACAGUCGCGCCGAGCAGGUCCCCCCCUGCCUGACUCACGAGACCUCGCUGCCCUCGCCCUGGGGCACGCCCGCUCUCGCCCGUAAGAGGCACGGCUACAACGGUUCAUCGGCCCCCCCGGCGCCAGUCAAGCUUCUGACAGAGCUGAAACUGCACUCCUCCAAUCCCGUCCCUUCAACCCCCCCCUCCUCCUGCUCCUCCUCCUCGGGGGGCGACAUGGUGGUCAUCCACCCGGGUGCCGUGCUGGCCAUGGUGGACCUGCUGCCGUCCGUCUCCUCCGAAAGCCAGCCUGAGCACGCUUUGGACCUGCAGCUGGCGGUGGCCAACAUCCUUCAGCUGCUGGUGAGCAGCGAGCGGAACCAGCAGGUCCUGUGCGAGGCGUCCCUGCACCAGCGUCUGCUGCAGCGAUGCAGUCAGGCGCUGGGCGACGAGGACCACCCACUGCACCCGCCGCUGCAGCGCAUGUUUGAGAGGCUGGCCUCGCAGGCACUGCAACCUGCCGCGCUCAGGGAGUUCCUGCGUCUGGGCAACCCGCUCAACUGCGGCGCCUGGGACAAGAAGCUGCUCAAGCAGUACCGCGUGCACAAGCCCAGCUCGCUCAGCUACGACUCCGACCCGCGAGGCAACAUGACGACGUCGAUGGAGGGCUUCGGCACCGACGGCGUGUUUGCCACACCAGGCGAGGACGGCGGCCAGCAGGCUGGCCAGUACCGGAUCAGCCGGAGCCUGGUGCGCUCGGCCGAGGCCAGCGCCGUGCCGCUCACCCGCGUCAAGUGUUUGGUCUCCAUGACAACGCCGCAUGACAUUCGUCUGCACGGCUGCGCCGACACGCCCGCCUACGUCGAGUUCGACGCCUCGCUCGAGGGAUUCGGGUGUUUGUUCCUGCCCAGCCUGGCUCCUCACAACGCGCCCGGCAACAACAGCAACUCGUCAGGCAUCGGCGACGGCGACGUCAUCAGCGGCUUGGGCACAGGAGAGCGUUUGUUCCCCCCACCGUCAGGCCUGAGCUACUCCAGCUGGUUCUGCGUGGAGCGCUUCAGCACACCGCCGCAUAGCCACCCGGUGCGCUUGCUGACGGUGGUGCGGCGCGCCACGUCCUCGGAGCAGCACUUUGUGUGCCUGGCCGUGGUGCUGUCGGCCAAAGACCGCUCGCUCACCGUCUCCACCAAGGAGGAGCUGCUGCAGACCUACUCGGACGAGUCCAGCGAGGAGGCGUCUUUCUACGAGAUCCUUCCCUGCUGCGCCCGAUUCCGCUGUGGCGAGCUGAUUGCCGAGGGCCAGUGGCACCACCUGGUGUUGGUCAUGAGCAAGGGCAUGCUCAAGAACAGCAUGGCCUCGCUCUACCUGGACGGACAGCUCGUCAACACCGUCAAGCUCCACUACGUGCACAGCGUGCCCGGGGGCUCGGGCUCGACCAACCCCCCAGUGGCCAGCACGGUGUACUGCUACGUGGGCACGCCCCCCGCCCAGCGCCAGCUGUCAAGCCUGGUGUGGCGUCUGGGGCCGUGCUACUUCCUGGAGGAGGCGCUGCCCGCCGCCAGCGUGGCCGCCAUCUUCGAGCUGGGCCCGACCAACGUGGGCAGCCUGCAGGCCGUCGACCUGCUCUGUAAGGAGUCCAAGGCGGAGGUGGCGCCGCCGCCCGCCCCGGUGGCGCUGGUGCCAGAGGAGAAGGUGUCCUUCAGCCUGUUUGCCGUCUCUGUGUCCACGUUGACCGUGGCCAAGAUCAGGAAGGUCUACAACAAGCUGGACAGCAAGGCCAUCGCCAAACAGCUGGCCGUGUCCUCCCACGAAAACGCCACGCCAGUCAAACUGAUCCACAACGCGGCCGGCCACCUCAAUGGACCCGCCCGCACCAUCGGCGCCGCUGUCAUCGGCUAUUUGGGGGUGCGCGCCUUCUCGCCCCAGCCGGUUGCCACCAUCCUACAAUACGUCGGCGGGGCAGCGGCCAUUUUGGGUCUGGUCGCAAUGGCGUCGGACGUGGAGGGUCUGUACGCUGCCGUCAAGGCGCUGGUCUGCGUGGUGAAGAGCAACCCGCUGGCCAGCAAGGAGAUGGAGCGUAUCAAGGGAUACCAGCUGCUGGCCAUGCUGCUGAAGAAGAAACGCUUGCUGCUCAACAGCCACAUCCUGCACCUCACCUUCUCCCUGGUGGGUACGGUGGACAGCGGGCACGAGACCUCCAUCAUUCCCAACUCCACCGCCUUCCAGGACCUCCUCUGCGAUUUUGAGGUGUGGCUGCACGCCCCUUAUGAACUUCACCUCUCUCUCUUUGAGCAUUUCAUUGAGCUUCUGACCGAGUCCAGCGAGGCGGCAAAGAACGGCAGGCUGCUACGUGAGUUCCAGCUGGUGCCCAGGCUGCUGCUGACGCUGCGCGACACGUCGCUAUCGCAGCCCACCGUGGCCGCCAUCAGCAACGUGCUCAGCCUGCUGCUGCAGGGCUUCCCUAACCCCCUUGACCUGCUCAGGUUCGGUCAGUUCCUUUCGUCCACGCUGCCCACGUUCGCCGUGUGCGAGAAGUUUGUGGUGAUGGAGAUCAACAACGAGGAGAAGACGGACGCGGGCAGCGAGGACGACUUUGGCGGCCUGUUGUCGGCCAACCUCAUCCUGUUGCGCAACAGGCUGCUGGACAACCUGCUGAGGCUGCUCUUCACCACCAAGGACAAGACUGUCAUCAACGCCCAGGCCUGCGAGGACCUGGUGCGCACUCUCGGCCUGGACUGGCUGCUGAUGUUCAUGGAGGAGCACCUCCACUCCAGCACGGUGGCGGCGGCCCUGUGGAUCCUCACCGUGCUUCUGUCCAACCCGGCCGUCUUGCACCGCUUCAAGGAGGGCGCUUGCGGCGGCGGCUGGCUGGACCACACCGACUCGGUGCUCACCAACAAGAUCGGCACCGUGCUGGGCUUCAACGUGGGCCGCAGCGCCGGCGGGCGCUCCACCGUGCGGGAGAUCAACCGCGACGCCUGCCACUUCCCGGGCUUCCCGGUGCUGCAGACGCUGCUGCCCAAGCACACCAACGUGCCCGAGCUCUACUUCCUGCUGAUGGCGCUCUUCCUGCAGCAGCCCGUCACCGAGCUGCCGGACAGCCUGCAGCCAAUUGAGAGUGCAGCCGAUUCAUCUGGAAAAGUCGUAGCGUUGGACCUGGACUCCAUGUGGACGUUCAUCUUUGGGGUGCCGGCGUCCAGCGCCACGGCGGUGGGCUCCAUCCACAGUGUAUGCACCGAGGCCGCUUUCCUCCUGCUCGCUAUGCUGCGCAGCAUGCUCAACCUGCCGUGGCAGUCGGAGGAGGAGGGCUCGUGGCUGCGAGAGUACCCGGUGACGCUGAUGCAGUUCUUCCGCUACCUGUACCACAACGUCCCCGACCUGGCCCCCAUGUGGCACGGUCCCGACUUCCUGUGCGCUCUGGCCGCCACAGUCUUCCCCUUCAACAUGAGGCCGUACUCUGAGAUGGUGAGCGACCUGGACGACGAGGCGGGCUCACCCAUCGAGGAGCUGAAGGCAUUCGGUUCGGACUCGGGCAUGAACCGCAGCCAGUCCGAGUACUGCAACGUGGGCUCCAAGACCUCGCUCACCAACCACCCGGCCAAGAAGUAUGUCUUGGACUUCAUGAGGGCGCUCAUCAUGGACAACAUGUGUAUCACGCCCGCCGCCAAGCAGACGCCCGUCAUCGACCUGCUGCUGGAGGCAUCCCCGGAGCGUUCCACCAGAACUCAGCAGAAGGAGUUCCAGUCCAACAUCCUGGACGGCGUGAUGGAGCACCUGCUGGCUGCUGACGUUCUGCUGGGCGAGGAUUCGUCCCUGCCGCUUAGCGGCGGCGGCAGCUACCAGAUCCUGGUGUACAACGUCUUCUACUUCUGCCAGCGCGUGGUGGACAAGCUGUGGCAGGGCAUGUUCAACAAGGACUCCAAGUUGGUGGUGGACUUCAUCGUGCAGCUCAUCGGACAGUCCAAGAGGCGGUCUCAGGGUCUCUCCCUGGACGUGCUGUACCACUGCCUAAACCGCACGGUGCUCUACCAGCUGUGCCGUCCGCACAAGACUGUGGCGCAGCAGGUGGCGCUGUUGGACGCGCUACGAGUUCUCACCGUUAAUCGCAACCUGGUGCUGGGCCCCGGCAACCACGACCAGGACUUUGUGGCCUGCCUGUCGCACUGCUUCAUCUGCCUGCACGCCGGCAGCAGCGUGGAGGGCUUUGGCCUGGAGGCGGAAGCCCGUAUGACCACGUGGCACGUUAUGAUUUCACCAGAAAACGAAAGCGACUCAACACACAACCACGACGUCAGCGAAGGGCGCCAGCUUUUAUUGAAGGCGGUGAACCGCGUGUGGACGGAGCUGAUGCACAGUAAGCGUCAGAUGCUCGAGGACAUCUUCAAGGUGUCCCUGCCCUGCAACGACCGCGGCCACGUUGACAUCGCCACGGCCCGACCCGCCCUGGAGGAGCCCGCGCUCAAGAGCUGGCAAAACCACCUGGUCCACGAGAAGAAGUGCAUCAGCCGCGGUGAGGCGGCGGCACCGGCGGUGGCGACCCAGUCCAAACUGUCACGGGUCAGCAGCGGUUUCGGCCUGUCCAAGCUGACGGGCGUGCGCCGCCACAAGAAGGAGAACAGCCUGAGCAAGAGCAGCCUCUCAGCACAGGCCAGCGAAGCUUUCCAGUGGAUGUUCACGCACAUCGCCGUGGUGAGAGACCUGGUGGCCAUGCAGUACAAAGAACACCAAGAGCGGCAGCAGAACGCGCUUAAGUACGUGACGGAGGAGUGGGCGUCCAUCGAGUACGAGCUUCUCCGCGAGCGAGGGCUGUGGGGGCCCCCCAUCGGCUCCCACCUGGACAAGUUCGUGUUGGAGAUGACGGAGGGCCCGUGCCGCAUGCGCAAAAAGAUGGUGCGCAACGACAUGUUCUACAUCCACUACCCUUACAUCCCUGACACGGAAAACAACACCAAUUCGGCACAGAAGCCGGUGCGCUACCGUCGUGCCAUCAGCGCAGACAGCAAAGAGUACUACAUGCGCCUUCUGUCGGGCAACCCCGGGAUGUACCAACACUCGGUGGAGCACAGCAGCGAGGGCGAGACCACGCAGCACGAACCCGAACACGGCGAGGACACCAUCGCAAGGGUCAAAGGUCUGGUGAAAGCGCCGCUGAAGCGCUCUCGGUCAACGGCGGACGGCGGCGACGAGGAUGCUCAGGAUCAGAUCCAGGAUCAGCUGAUAGAGUCCGGGGGACCCGAGGAGGAGCAGCAGCAGCGCACUGACAACACCGCUCUGCUGCGACUGCUGGAGGAGGGGGAGAAGAUCCAGCACAUGUACCGCUGCGCCCGCGUUCAGGGUCUGGACACCAGCGAGGGUUUGCUGCUCUUUGGAAAAGAGCACUUCUACGUCAUUGAUGGCUACACCAUGACCGUGUCCAGAGAGAUCAGAGACAUUGACACGCUGCCGCCCAACUUGCACGAGGCCAUCAUCCCCAGAGGUGCACGGCAGGGUCAAAGUCAGCUGAAGCGGACGUGCAGCAUCUUCGCCUACGAGGACAUCAAGGAGGUGCACAAGCGACGUUACCUGCUGCAGCCGAUGGCAGUGGAGGUGUUCUCCGCCGAUGGGAGGAACUACCUACUGGCUUUCCAGAAAGGAGUGCGCAACAAAGUCUAUCAAAGGUUCCUGGCAGUGGUACCGUCGCUGGCUGACAGCUCCGAGUCGGUAUCGGGACAAAGACCAAACACAAGCGUAGAACAAGGGUCUGGUCUCCUCAGCACUUUAGUGGGUGAGAAGUCUGUGACUCAACGUUGGGAGCGAGGGGAGAUCAGUAACUUUCAAUACCUGAUGCACCUCAACACUCUGGCGGGACGCUCCUACAACGACCUGAUGCAAUACCCCGUCUUCCCCUGGAUCCUGGCCGACUUUGACUCCGAGGAGUUGGAUCUGAACAACCCCAAGACCUUCCGCAAUCUCGCCAAGCCCAUGGGGGCGCAGACGGACGACCGAUUGACGCAGUACAAGAAGCGAUACAAAGACUGGGAGGACCCCAAUGGCGAAACACCCGCCUACCACUACGGUACACACUACUCGUCUGCCAUGAUCGUGGCCUCCUACCUGGUGCGCAUGGAGCCUUUCACGCAGAUUUUCCUUAGACUUCAGGGUGGCCAUUUUGACCUGGCCGACCGGAUGUUCCACAGCGUGCGCGAGGCCUGGCUGUCGGCCGCCAAGCACAACAUGGCCGACGUUAAGGAGCUCAUCCCUGAGUUUUUUUACCUGCCAGAGUUCCUGCUCAACUCCAACAACUUUGAUCUGGGUGCCAAGCAGAACGGCACCAAGCUGGGCGACGUCAUCCUGCCUUCCUGGGCCAAGGGCGACCCCCGGGAGUUCAUUCGGGUUCACAGAGAGGCGCUGGAGUGUGAGUUUGUGUCAGCGCACCUCCACGAGUGGAUUGACCUGAUCUUCGGCUACAAGCAGCAAGGUCCUCCUGCCGUGGAGGCCGUCAACGUUUUCCACCAUCUCUUCUACGAGGGCCAGGUGGACAUUUAUAACAUCAACGACCCUCUCAAAGAGACCGCCACCAUCGGAUUCAUCAACAACUUUGGGCAGAUCCCCAAGCAGCUGUUUAAGAAGCCCCACCCGCCUAAACGGGUGCGCAGCAAAGCUAACGGCGACCCCGCCAACGUUCCUCCGAGCUCCACCGGGGAGAAGAUCUUCUUUUACCACCUGGACAACCUCAGACCCUCACUGGCCCCCGUCAAAGAGCUGAAGGAGCCUGUUGGUCAGAUAGUGUGCACCGACAAAGGCAUCCUCGCCGUGGAGCAGAACAAAGUGCUGACUCCGCCGACGUGGAACAAGACUUUUGCGUGGGGCUACGCCGACCUCAGCUGCCGCCUGGCCAACUACGAGUCAGAUAAGGCUUUAGUGGUGUAUGAGUGUUUGUCCGAGUGGGGUCAGAUCUUGUGCGCCAUCUGCCCCAACCCCAAGCUGAUGAUCACGGGCGGCACCAGCACAGCCAUUUGCGUUUGGGAGACUGGCACAUCCAAAGAGCGAGCCAAGACGCUCACGCUCAAGCAGGCAUUGCUGGGUCACACGGACGCCGUCACGUGUCUGACAGCCUCGUCCGCUUACCACAUUGUGGUGAGCGGCUCUCGGGACAGAACCUGCAUCGUAUGGGACCUCAACAAGCUUUCCUUUGUCACGCAACUACGAGGACACCGCGCCCCCGUCUCCGCGCUCUGCAUCAACGAACUCACGGGUGACAUUGUGUCAUGCGCGGGCACGUACAUCCAUGUGUGGAGCAUCAACGGCAGCCCCAUCGCCAGCGCCAACACCUUCACGGGACGCAGCCAGAGCAUCACGUGCUGCUGCGUAUCAGAGAUGAACGAGUGGGACACACACAACGUCAUCGUCACAGGACACUCGGACGGCGUCGUCAGGUUCUGGAGGAUGGAGUUCCUCCAGGUCCCAGAGACCCCCGCCCCCAUACCCGUCGAGCCCGAUGUUACCGACUGCUGCGGUGACGACAAACUCGAAGGCGGCGACGAGGACAGCAGCGACUCAGACGGAGAAGAGGCAAGAGGAGCAGGAAGUGGUCUAAGUCAGGAAAACAAAGCAGCAUGCAACCCAUCUAGUCAGCCGGGGAGCCAACCGGGCAGCACCGUACACAGACCCAGAGGGCCAUCCGCCAGAGGCGGCGCGGCAUGGUCGAUGGACAGCGGCUCGGACGACUCUCGCCGUUGGUCUGACAGCUUGAGCAUCGAUGAAAAGGACGGCUUUGUGUUUGUCAACUACUCGGAGGGCCAACACAAGGGCGCACAUCCUCACCAUGUGCACCCCCAUGGUCUCAACAGUGCCAACACUCAGCCGGCGCACCCGCCCUCCGCCGAGGCGCGCGCCUUCAACCAGCUCAGGGCAGGUUACAGGUGGGAGCGACAGCUGGUCUUCCGCAGCAAACUCACCAUGCACACGGCGUUCGACCGCAAGGACAACGCGCACCCCGCCGAGAUCAGCGCGCUCGCCAUAUCCAAGGACCACAGUAAGAUCCUGGUGGGCGACGGGCGCGGUCGGGUCUUCAGCUGGUCAGUGAGCGACCAGCCGGGGCGCUCAGCCGCCGACCACUGGGUGAAGGACGAGGUGGUGGACAGCUGCUCGGGGUGCGCCGUGCGAUUCUCCCUCACCGAGAGGCGUCACCACUGCCGCAAUUGCGGACAGCUCUUUUGUCAAAAGUGCAGCCGCUUCCAGUCGGAGAUCAAGCGGCUGAAGAUCUCGUCGCCGGUGCGCGUGUGCCAUAAUUGCUACUGCAACCUGCAGCACGAGCGCGCCGCCAACGACGAGCACAAGAACUGAGCGCGCCACCGCCAUCUUUGUCGUCGUCAUACUUAAGGUGUUAAUAGUGUACAUAUACAUGUAAUCGCGGCCUUUUGAACAACCGCAACAAAUGUAAGAUAGCGGCUAGCAGGUGGACGUCAAAGAAAUGUGAAUGUCACUCAUGAAGAAUAAUGUCACUCGUUCUGCAAAAUUUGGCCACUGUUUUUUUUUUUGUUGGUAUUUUUUUUUUAGUUGCUGCUUUCUGAAGAGACUGGAUGAACAUGUUGGAAUAUCACAUCUUAUAUCUUGAAAUAACUUUCAUAUGAAUAAUGUCUGGUCAAUCUUAAGUUGGUGUACAGGAUUUUCUACCAAAAGGGAUUUACUUCUCUGUGUGUAUGUUGUUGUUUUUAAUAGAAAGAUAUCAUUUGUUGCCCGCGCCCGCAAGCGUGAUCAUCAUGUCAUGACGUAUUAUGGCAAAAACAAACAUGGUCCAGAUGCUGCUUUGGUUGCAAACAGCAGGAAUGUAAACAACAUUUAAACACAUCGUUAAUUGGGUGUUUGUUUGUUUUUCCCCCCAUGUUUUGAACCUGGUUGCAGCCAACUGUGAGUGGCAAUAACAAUACAUCAGAAAUGUACAUGGAAAAAAAGCAUGAAAUUAGUGAAAAGUAAAAUGCAAUUUUGGAGGAUUUUUUUAAAAAAAAUUUAAAACAAGAUUUUGACUUUGGCAAAAGAAACUCGGAUUGUUCCUAAUUUUUAUUCUUACAACUUUUCUGAAAAAAAUAUAAAUUCCUCUCAGACAGUUACCAUUUUGUGACUUUAAUCUCAUUAUAACCAUUUUCCUCCUAAAAAAAUCCUUAAUUCAAUCAGAAUAUUUAGCCUUUUUUUGUUUAUGUAACUUUAGAGUGCUGUCUAAAAACAGUGGAGUCUUCGUAUUCCAAAUUAUUUCUUGAAAAAGAGAAAGACCAUUUGUGUACUUCUGUUGUCAUUUUGUUGCAAUGUUAACUUGUUGACUCAAAAUUGCAACAUAUUUCCUAAUAAGAAAGAAAAUCGGACUUUUUUCUUUAUUUCCCCAUCAAAUAUAUAUAUUUUUUCAUUUCUGACGUUCAUUUCCCUCCCCGCACCUUUGGAAACCUGACCACUAGAGGUCGCCAAAUCCCAGGGCAAGCUUGAGCCUCUUUAAAUCUUAAUGUUAUUUUAUUUUUUUUAAAACCGAUUCUUUUGCUUUUCAUUGGCGGCCACGAAAAGACGAAAUGGUUGUAGCCAGGUUCACUAACACUCAUGGUAGUGGCGGCCAUUGUUGAUCAAGUCAUAGCGUUGGGUGUCCUUGUCAAUCCGCAAUGUGCAAAAGAGGAAUUUGGGGAGUUGGACUUUUUAGUUUUUAUAUUGUUUGCGCGGUCACUAAAGACAUUUCACGUGUACAAAGUAUUUAUGCACAACAGCUGCUUAUACAUGUUUUUUUUUUACAUAUAUAUAUAUAUACAAAAAAGAAGAUUGUUGCAUGAGCAAAGCGGAUUGACUUGAUAUGUCAAUACCACAAGACUUGUCAGUACCACAACAAGUCUUUUUGUGUGUUUGUGUCGCGUUUUGCAAGGAAAAGACACUUUCAUGGGCUGGGCCCGACGUGACACUCACAAGUACACGACCGCUCGUCCGCUUGGGAAAAAAAAAAAAACGUCGCUUGUGGUGGGGUCUGCCAUAUGAACACUGCUGUGCAAUCUGUGCUACAUGAAUGUUUCUGUUUCUUCUUGCUUCUGCUUCUUGUGUGUUUGUUAACACCACAAACGUGUAAAAACGAGAAAAGAACAAAUAAUUACACUCCUGUCAUCGUCAUGGAAACAAGAUGUUACAAUAAUGCAAUAGAGCUGAUACUUAUUCUUUAGCCUUUCAAUAAAUAAUUGGUGUUUACCA